AUGAACAAUGUCCAGUGCUCACUAAACAUCUUAGCAUCACUUCCACAAUGUCCUUUCACAAAGGAGGAAGAGGAGGUUCUUGACCUGCAGCCCAGUUUUGUCUUUGGGGACAGUGUUGUCAAACCACAGGCCUCCCACACUCUGCCGGAGGAUGCUGAGCAACAGGAGCUCCCUGAGCCUUAUUCAACAGAGACAUUAUAUCUGAGCAGAACUCAGCUGAAACAUGUCCCAGAAAGUAUUUUGAAAAAUAGCACACUAAAGUAUUUAUAUCUUGAAGGCAACCAGAUAUCCUGUAUCCCAGAUUCAGUGUUCAUCAGCUUGCCAAACCUUCUGUGGCUGGACCUCAGAAAUAACCAAAUUACAUCACUCCCCCCGGAAAUUGGCUUGCACAGAUCUCUGAAAACAUUACUUCUGGAGGGAAAUCCCAUCUCAGAGCUUCCACUAGAGCUGGGACAUGUGAUUACUCUGAAAGGCCUGAACCUGAGGAACUGCCCCAUCACUUUCCCUCCACAAGACAUCGUGGACCAGGGGCUCCAGAGCAUCCUGCAGUACCUGAGGGCUGCUAUGGCUCAGCGGCCAGUCAGCAUGAGAAAGAGCCCCACAGAGUUGCCAGCGGUGGAGAAGCUCCAGCUGUCAGAGCUGAUGGGGUCCAGUGUGGAGGAGCAGGAUGAGUCAGUGGAUGAGGACGAGCUGCAGAAGUUUAGGGAACUCAAACAAAAGAUGAUCCUGCUGGAUGAAGCUGAGCGUGGCUCAAUAGCUCAGGGUGACAGAAACCCCAAGUCACACCUUCUUCCCAUUAUCAGAAGAAAAAAGGCAACUACCAAGGCCGGCAUAAUUCCUGAGAUCCCCCUGUUUGACACCCAGCAUCGGAAGAGGCCAGAAGAAAAGAGACAGGCUAUUCUCGAACAGAGAAGAAAAAGCCAAGAGGCUCUUCAGAAGUGGCGCACACAAGCCAAGAUCACACAGGGGAAGAAAAUGUCUGAGCAGAAGAAGCACGCAGAACAAAGAAAAAAACAAAAGGAAGCAGAAACAGACUCAAAACCUUAUGUGGAGGACAGCAGUGACACUAGUGAGUCAUCCGGUGUGUCCAUCACAGACUGCGAGGGGUCAAGAUCAGCUCGCGAGCUGGAGCGGCAGAUCCGUGCCCGUGCUGAGAAGAUACUGGAGAGACGCAGGAAUCCCAGCGGCACGGCAGCCGAGCAUAUGGCAGCGGCUGAGCAAGAUGUGGUGGAGAUGAGGAAGCUACAGGCUCGGCUUCUGGAGAGGAAGAGAAAUCGGGGAAAGGCUCUUGAAAAUUCUUUCACUAUCUUCACUGCAGACACCUGGCCAAGUUUCCUUGAUAAGUAA